AUGGUGCUUAUCCUAGACCUCAUCACACCUUUCAUCACCGCAGGUACUGCCAAAAAGAAAAAAAAAAAAAAAACCCAUUGUAAUGAAAAAUUUGGAACAUUUCAGAGCGAUGAGAUGGGGCAUCUCAUCUCAUCUCAUCUCUUACAACAGAACCACCAGAAAGAUCCCCCGAAACACCCCACAAACAUCAUGGAACACGCAUUGGUGAAACAGCUGGCCGGCCACAAACAGGAGACCCGUGAACAGGCGUUGGAAUCCGUCAGGAAGUACCUCACGACCAAAAACUUCAGCAACGCAAAGCAGUCGCAGUUCGACAAGUUAUGGAAAGGCUUGUACUACGCCAUGUGGCACUGCGACAAGCCCAUCCCGCAGCAACGUUUGGCCCAGUCCCUGGGCGAGUUGCACUUGCUCUAUGCACGCACCAGACAGCACGUCGCUUUCGUGCGGUUCUCGAAAGCGUUCUGGAAAGUGAUGUGCAUCGAGUGGUACCGUAUCGACCACCACAGACUCGACAAGUUCUUGCUUCUUGCGAGACGAUGCCUGCACUUCCAGCUCAAGUACCUUGCGGAGUGUGACUGGGAAGAAAGCGUGGUGGACGACUACAUCAGCAAGGUGUUGAAGAAGAUCCCACUUAGCGGUGAUCGGAAAGUGUACAAUGGGAUUCCGUUCCACAUAAUAGACAUAUUGUUGGACGAAUGGGUGAAGGUAUGCUACGGCGAGCCAGAGGAGGAGGAGGACGACGACGACGAGGAAAAGAGAAACGCCCAGAUCAAAGAGGCCGUGUCCAAGACCCCGCUUGUCAAGUUCAUCGCCAUUUUCCAGGACCUCAGCUCCAACACAGACAACAUCAAGAUCCUCAGAGACAAGAUCAAGGAAGACUUGCUCAAGGACGAGCGUUUGCGCGAGUGGGACGUCCUGCAGCCAGAAUCCACUGCCCAGGAUGACGAGACGUACCACGAGGACGACGAGUGGCACGGUUUCUGA